AUGGCACCAGCAACCUUGCAAAAGGUUAUCGUGGUAUACGGUGCUACUGGCACCCAGGGCACGGCGAUAACGCUCUCCUUACUGCAAAGCAAGCAAAACUUCAUUGUCCGCGCACUCACCCGCAAGCCCGAGUCUGAGAAAGCACAGAAGCUGUCUGCUCUGGGCGCCGAGGUCUUCAAGGCCGACGGGUUCAACGACGACGAAAUGAAGGCGGCUCUGGAGAAUGCGUGGGGGUUUUGGCUGAACACUCACCACCAUGACCCGGCUGUGACCGAUCCCGAGGGCCCAACCGAUGAAGACCUUGGACGCCGACUCGCCACCCUGGCCGCAGAGGCCGGUGUCAAGGUCUUCAUCUACAGUACUUGCGAAUCGCCCGCCCAAAUCACAAACGCCAAGGCACCGGUCCCUGGUAUGGAUGCAAAAAGCCGAGUCGAGCUCUUCGCCCGCUCAAUCCCGUCCUUCGACGCCGUCAUCGGCGCCUGGCCCGCCUGGUAUUUCGAAAACUUCCUCGACCCCGAAUACGCGCAGGCCUUUGGCGGCUUCCCGCUGUACCCGGACGUCGAGGGGUACUUGACUUUCACGAGCCCUCGCAUUGGCGGUCAGGGCACCGUGCAGACUGUCUCGGUCGCGGAUGACUUUGGAGAGAUGGUGCAUGCGAUGUUUCUGGAUCCGGAGACGUGGGCGGGCUGCACCGUCCCCUGCAUGAGUGAUUCGUUUUCGUACGAGGAUAUGGUGGAGGCGUUUAUGGAAGUUACCGGAGAGAAAGCGCGCUACAUCCCCAUGGAUUCGUACAGGGACUUCCCCACGCACGGCAGCACCAUUCUCGAGGAGCUGCAGGACGUGUAUCGGUAUAUGCAGAGUGCCCAUGGGUGGUUCUUUGGCAAGCCGGAUGACGUUGCGACCUGUCAGCGGCUCAAGGAUAAGGCGCGGCUGGACAAGGGCGUGGCGCCGCAGCGGGUUAUCACCAUGAAAGAGUACUUUGCCAAGCACUAUGGAGGAAAGUGA